CCAUGACUCCAGCCAGUGGGUGGUAGGAAAGACAACUUUUUGUUUUGUAGGUUGUUGAAGAAGAAGAACCAUAUCCGUCCGCCAUAUUGCAGUGAUACAGCGAGAUUUCCCAUUUGUCUUUAGCAAGCUGAAGAGUUUAUUGAGUUUCCUUGUCAACCGGCAUAAUGUUUAAUACACAAGUUUAUGGAGAUAAUGGGAAAAUGAAGGAGUAUCACUAUACUGGACCAGUAGAGCACCGAUUCUCUCCAUAUUCCUUCAACGGAGGGUAAGCGUCAAUAUCCAACUAACGUUAGUUUAGGUAGCCCAAAUGUUAGCAAGCUACAGUAACGUUAGCUAGCUACCUAGCUAAUGCUGUGCAUCAUUUUGUUCUGCAGAAUGUACAGUGACUGAUAUAGUGUCUGACUAAGAAUGUGUCAUGGUGUAAAUAGCUAACACUUAAUCAAGAUAAUAUUUUCGUAGUUAACUACGUGAAAAACAAGACUUAACUACAUGUUGUUUAGCUGGUUUCGAUUUCAGUUAGUUACAGUAGGUUUUGCCAAAACUAACCAACUUGUUUGUUAGGCCAUCAUGUCAACUUACACUUGACUUUUUUGUUUGUUUCCAGGACUGUGCUUGCUGUUGCCGGUGAAGACUUUGCCAUUGUGGCCUCAGACACCCGUCUGAGUGAAGGCUAUUCAAUCCACAGCCGUGAUUCUCCAAAAUGCUACAAAUUGUAAGUUUUUUUUAUUUUUUUUAUUUUUUUUAUUUCACCUUUAUUUAACCAGGUAAGCCAAGUCCAGUCCACACAACUGUAUUCCCAAGGAUGAGCGAAGGCAGAUUGUCACAUGGUGUGGUUUAACCCCAUUAACUGCCUCCCUAUUGCUGUGUUUAGACAGGCAGCCCAAUUCUGAUAUUUUUUUUUCACUAAUUGGGCAUGAUUGGUCAAAAAAACAGUUGUUGGAAAACAUUUUCAUAAUUGGGCUGCCUGUCUAAGCUCAGCCAAAGUGACUUGUCAAUUAUUUUUAUCUAAUGACAUGAUAGAUGAUAAAUCUAAAUGCAGUCUUGGUCAAACUAAAUAAGUUGAAAUGGUGGUGAAUGAAAAUGGAUUACGCUUGUGAACAUCAUAAUACAUUAGAUGUUCAUCAAUAUUUGACCACUAAGUUACGGUGCUGUAACUAAUACAUUUUGUUUCAUUUCUCACAGGACAAAUACAACUGUCAUAGGCUGCAGUGGAUUCCAUGGGGAUUGCUUGACUCUUACCAAAAUCAUUGAUGCAAGAUUAAAGGUGAGAUCGUCUUGAGACUGUUUCACUUUCUUUCAUCAUUUUUACUUUCAAAAUUAAUAAUAAUAAUAACAAAAUUGUUAGUUCAGCUGAAAGUUAUGGCAUACGGCCGUACACAAUAAAUUAGCAUUUGUAAAUGUAUAAUUUUCUAACAUCAGCCAAUGUCUGAUGGGAAAUUUUAUUUUUUAGAUGUACAAGCACUCCAACAACAAGAGCAUGACAAGUGGAGCAAUCGCAGCCAUGCUGUCAACAAUCCUGUAUGGUAGAAGAUUCUUCCCCUACUACGUUUACAACAUCAUCGGUGGCUUGGAUGAGGAAGGUAUAUCUCCUGCUCUAUUUCUGUUAUUACUGUUAUCAGAUGCUUGGUUCAGUUUCCAUAUGUGUAAGGUAUUCACUGCAUAUGUUAAGUCUAGUCCACUAUUUAUGACGUUCCAAACUGAACUGGAUUGUUUUUGCUUUUCAGGUAAAGGAGCUGUUUACAGUUUUGACCCAGUGGGAUCCUAUCAGAGAGACACAUACAAAGCUGGAGGCUCAGCGAGUGCCAUGCUGCAACCUCUGCUUGACAACCAGGUAAAGAAACCAAAAAGUGGUAUAAGUUCAGCAUCACUAUUAUCUUUUGAGGGCUUUGUUCAACUCAAAGCACCUCUGUCUAAUUCGACAGCACAAUAUGACUGGAAUUUUUGUAUGCCAAAUGUGUAUGUAGAAUUUAGCUGUGGCAAGGAAACCCUAGACAUUCUAGUGACCUAGAUAUCUUUGAUUCGGGACAAACCAUCUCCUUGUUACUGUAUUUCCCCUUAUCGUCUUUAUUCUUAAUUUACAAUCAGAUUGGAUUCAAGAACAUGGAGGGUGUGCAGCACCUGCCCCUGAGCCAGGAGAAGGCUGUGCAGCUGGUCAAAGAUGUCUUCAUCUCCGCUGCUGAGAGAGACGUGUACACCGGGGACGCCCUCAGGAUCUGCAUCGUCACCAAGGAGGGUAUCAAAGAAGAGACAGUCCCUCUCAGGAAGGAUUGAACAACCUAUUCCCCGCCGCCGUGUCAAGCUACCGCUUUUGUCUGGAUUUUUCAUAUUUUGGACCAAUCUCCUGCUUUUCUUUUUACAUUCUUGCUGAAGAAUAAAAAAUGUUCCCUGUAGUUCAUUUUCUCAUGUUGUCAGUGUCCUUUUUA